AUGCUUCGGACUGAGAGUUCGAUCGCCACUCAGAUUUUUCAGCACCUGAGUACCAGGAAGCAUGUCACCAGAACGAUAGUUUCGACAGGCACUCUCAGCGCUCGAGCCAUCAGAGAUAUGUUGGGUGCCUUGCGUCUGGACGUGAAGCCCAAAACGAUAAAGGACACUAUAUCCAGCCUCGGCAUGCGUGCGGAUAAUCACGGCAUCAGGUUCGAAUGCUUUCACUUGUUGGUCAACUCGUUCCUGGGCGCCGCUGUUGUGUCAGAGGCCACGCUUGUAGAAGUUUUUGAGAAGCUGGCAGAAUCGAUUGACGUCCCAGUUAUCCAGGCGCCCGACGGUAACGAGGUCAAGGAUGCGCUGGCGCUCGCAGCUGAGAUCCAAGGCAGCUUCGACGUGGUCCAGCGCCCGAGCGUCUCUGUCUACUACGAGAUGCCCAAGUACGAUUUAGCAGUGCAGAUGGUGGAGCGAGACAACGAACUAACACUCUUGCAGUCCGAACUCAAGCAGGUGAAACGACGGCUGGCGACGACGGAGCAGCGCUUGGGGCUACACACAAAAAAAUCUCGGAUCCUACGCGACACCCACCGUUCACUUGUGCAGAAAACGAACUUCAGACCAGGCAAGCGCUGCGUCAGCAUAUGGGGCGGCUACCAUUUGGCGUACAAGAGGUCUCACGGCUGCAGCAGCGCACGAUCUGUCGUGGCCAUGUGUGCUGGCGAGGAGUGGCAGGGGUCCUUCACAGACGGCGCCAAGAACAUGGUCAUCCGCUUCGAGCAUAACCUGUCCAUUGCCAGGACCGUGGUCGUCAAAUCAUUCUAUGACUCGGUCAAUCACUUGCACGCGACAUCGAAUGAGAUAUGCAUCAACUACGCGAGGGCGGCUUCUCUGGACAGUGGGGAUAUGGUGGCGUUGAUUGGGAGCAAGUUGUUCAGCUUCGAAUUCUUCAUGUUCAGGGGCGACGCCACGAACCAAGAGGCAGUCGACAAGGCAAAAGUGUGGACAGGUGAAGCCAGUUACAUUGCAACAUGCCCAGAGGCGCUGAGCGACAUCAGCAGCGACACCAACUUCGACAGUGACGACCUCAAGCUGACAUUCUUUCGGGAAGUGCUGGACUUGCAGACAGUUCGGACGGGCGGUGCAAAAGAAACCACAGACUUGAACGCGCUGAUCCAGCAGAGCAUGGUUGAUAUCACGAACAAUUGGGAAUGGCAUACGCCCUGGGGAUCUUCUUCGUUUCUUUCUGGUUUGAAGGUUAUCGCGAACACUCUGAGAGGCGCAGGCGUCCCACGGAAAGUCAGAGAAGCAGCUGCCGAGCUCAAGUUCCCACCCAAGGUUGUCAAAGAAUCUGUUGGCAACACCAUUCAUCGGGUUAUCGCGACGCGGUGGGGCUCCGUUGACGACAUCGAGAUGUACUUGAGGAUUGGUCGGCAUGUACUUGGACCCGCUUGGUACGAGAAACGCCGAAACUACCGCCAGACCACGGUUGCCUUGUUGAAUGACAAGUUGUUUUUGGGGACAGCUGAGAUCGACCUCGUCGCGAAGGGGCCCCUUGCUCAUUUCCAGCGUUGGGCGCAGCAGGAGAGCAAGAUUGAGCGAGAACACCGAUCGGAAGCAUCAAAGCAAGGGACCGCCUACACGGGUCCAACCUUCGUUUCUAAGUUCGUGUCGGGCAAGGCCAAGGUUAUCUUAGACGAGUUCAACGCCCUCCUGGACGACGACGCCAUGCUGACGCACUGGGUCGGCACCUGGAGUCUGAUUCGAGCUGACGAUGUACCAGAACAUGUCGAGGAGGCAUUGUGCUUGAUCGUGACCUUGGUGGUGCGUGGCGCUCUUGAUUGGGAGCGACGGAUGUACGACCCCACGCAGAGGUUCCCACUCGACUUUCUCAACGUCUUGGAGGCGGACCCUGAGGAGGCCUCGGCUCCUCGCAAAGCCUUAGCCCAUCGGUUGAUGACUGCGUCCAAGGAGAACUUAGAGUGGCAGGAUGGCGUGUACAACUCCUUCAGCUUCAAGUUACGUGCCAUGUUCUAUGAAGAUUUCGUCAUCAUGCAGGGCACCGGUAAGUGCACGAGGAUGGUAUGGAUAUUUCUUUCAGGCUGGCGCGCGUUAUUCAAUGGCGAGACGCAGGAGAUCGAGGGCUGGAACAGUACGUUGAAGAAUAUGUGCGAACGGGCUCCACGCACUAAGGUGAGACUGGCAUCAGAUCGCCUCAAGAACAGAGUUGGCGAACGGACUCCCACCGACGAGGCCGUCGCAGUGCACAAGAAGGUCGUCGAGUUCUCAAAGACAGAUGCGAACAUGUUCCGCUUCAGCCCCCUCACAGACAAGGAGCGCGAUUACAUGUUGUCGUGGACGUCGUUGAAGGCCGCCUCGGUGAUCGCUGACACUGCCCAAGUGACGCCGCUGUUCAAGCGGGCCUACAAUGGCCCCAAGAAAAAGAAUACACACACAGUCGACGCCGAGGGCGGUUUGCCUGACAUGCUUGAGGACGACGACGGCUUCUCUGAGGAGCUUGAACGAUUGAUUGCCCAGGACGCCAUGGAGGAGGAGUGCGAGGACCUCGAGGGCGCCAGCGAGGGCCUCGACAGCGACGGCAAGGAUACGGACGUUGAGGACGACGCUGGAGAUCGACAGCCUGACCCACAUAACCAUGCAGGGCCUGCUAAAAGCGACGUCUUUGACGCCAUCUCUGGCGACCACCGAGCUGAGCUUCUCCGCAACGUGAGGGGCGCAUGCGAGGCAAGCCGCACAUCUGCUCGGGACGCGAUGUACUUCGCUGAGGACUACGGCUUCAGGACUGACAUGUCAGAUGCUCCAGAGCGGGGCUUGGUAUCGUUGGUUGAAUUGCGAACAGUUGCAGAAGAUGGUCAAGUUCAUUGCGAUGUUGUCUUUGUUGCUUGGGAGGGUGUUGGCAGGUCUGCAAAAAUAGCAAGGGUGGACCUCGAGCACCUGUGGUUCAAGUAUAACGUGCCGUUUGCGACUGAGCAUCUCAAGAGGGAGUGCGACAGGGACCACUGCAACAUCAUCAUCGGGAACGUGCCUGUCAGGAUCACGCGGCCCAAGGACUUGCGUGAGCGUGUGCCUGAUUGGUGCUUGCUAAUUAUGAAGGCCUUCGCGGCCGAACUGUUUUCUGGUCCGAUUGCUCGCGACUGUCUCUUCAGUUGCGACGCUCCCUGCGUUUUUUGUGCGUGCGCAGACACCAUGGGCAUGGAUGUCAGGGUCGUCGGCGGCGGUGGUGCGCAGCCCGUAGAGCACUUUGAUUCGUACAUAUGUUCCGAGUGCGUUGUGUACUGGCACAGCGCGUGCGCAGAGAACGUGGCACGUGCUUUUGGGAUGGGGCUACUCCCAGCGAUGGCAGCUGCCAGCUCCCAUGGCGACAUGGCGCUCGUGCCCAAGGGGCCCGAGCCCAAGAUUGCAGACCCGUCCACGUUGUUCCUUAACGACCGUGCGAGGUUUCCGACGAUAUACGACAGGUUCGUCGGCUACGUGGCGGGCCCCGAGCUCGAGAAUCUAGUGUUCAGGCUGCACGCGCGUCAACCCCGAUGGCUGCCCCUCGUGCACGAGGGCAAGUUCACCAUGACCAGGGACCCUGCCAACAGGUGCAAGUCAGUUGAGACGAUUGGCAUAUGCAAGGUCCGUAAGGGGCCAUGGGUAAUUCCAGCGGGCGAGAAUCAAUGGACUGUUCUACACUGGGCGAGCUUGCUUGAAGGUGCCAAGAUGGCGAUGGAGAAAGAUCCCCACAAGAAAAACAGGACGGUUUGGAUCGCUCUCGAGGCCGGUUGUGACUCUGCUGUGGAGUUCGACCCGAACUUACCAGACGAUGUGAAAGACUACGUCAUCGAGCUAGGCAACGCCACCAACGCCAGCACUUUGGUGGUUACGGUGCUCCAGGUGUUCAUGUCUACCGAGACGAUUCUUUCUGGAUGGGCAAUCCAGAAGGAAAAGGUAACUGCUACUGGUGACGGUUGUGGCGGGGCGCUUACGCUCUACGCUCGCAGGCAUGCCUAUGCCAACACUGUAUUCUCUGGCCGCUGGCGCUCACAGAACGCGCUCGACGUGACGAUCAACACCUACAACCUUUUGCAGACAACGAUGACAUCAGCAGGCAUUUCAAUUUGGGAUCAGAUGGUAUCUUAUUUCGAGACAAAGGCUGACUACAUGCAUGAGUACAUGAAGGACACGAACGCGGUCAUCCAGAACAUCAGUUGCAUUUGCAAGGUGCUGUGCUCUACUUAUCCCGACUUCGUCGUUCCUGUCGUUGCCCUCGUGAUCCCGCACCUCGAGUCUGAACCCCUCGGGGCGUGCCCAGCGCUGCCAGAUGGCAUUCCGCAGGGCAAGUUGCGAAAGCUGUCAGAGGCCAUGGUGAGGAACUUACUGGCGAGCAUGGCCGACAGCGCGACUAUGAAGGCGAAGGUCUCUGCGGGGUGCGCGUGCGCAUCGGAUGGGGACAACGACGUGUCUUUCCUGAGUGACGUGAUCCAGUUCACCGCGAUGCUCAAGCACAAGCUGAACGUCCCCCAGGACAACCUGAACGCAUACUCGUCGAUCCUGUGCUUCUGCCAGCUGCAGGGAGAGAUACAAGUUCCAGGGAAUGGCAACACCCCAGCGAGGACGAUCAGCAGAUACACCGCGAUGAAGCGCCACAUCAUCAACGCUGCAUUCAAAGCAUCUGGCAUGGCAAAGAAGCCCAGCGACCUUGAGAUCUACUACGCCGACGCAGGGGACGACAGCCAGCUUGCAGAGUCGCCCAGCAAGGCGCCUCUGGAGGAGAAGACUGACGAGACGCUCUUGGACACCUUCAAGACCUUGCAGGACAACGGUUCGGCGGCCCGCAUGAAGUCCUACCUGAUGGUGAACCCGAUCGACAAGCCGAUCCAGUUGCACAUGGCAGUCUGCGGGAUUACGAGCAAGGUCUACACGUCUAUGAUUGGAGCAUGCGGUGGUGCAGAGGGCAAGUCUGGAACUCCAGAUAGCCAACGUGAGCUGAUCGAAGAGGCCACGAAGCGCGUGGUCACUGCCGUCAUGGAUGAGAUGCCGUUGGCGUUCGACGAGAUAGUGAUAAACUUUGGACAAUUGUCGGAAUUCAAAUUUGCUUUGACAACUGUUUCAACCAGGAGCGACUAUGCCGACACGGAGCUUCUGAGGAAGACGUGCGAAGAGAUGGGCGUGAUCGGGGCCACCGGCCGCAAGAAGCUGAACAUGGUCAGGCUGAACACGUUCUUCGCAGUGUGCAGCACGUUAUCUACGAUGCAGGUCCCCCUCAACGGCACUCCGAAAUACAUGUUUGGCUUGCUGUCUGUGCAGGACGUCUUCAAGAAGAUCGCGGAGUCCAUCGAGAGCCAGCGGUGCGGAGCGCAGGAGCCCAUCGAUAUCAAGAUCAUCACCAAGGCCAUCGACGGCGACGUGUCCAUGGCUGUCUUCGGCGACUGUUUCAGCAAGGCUGCCACUGACGUGGAAGAUGUGGCAUAUUAUCUGGAGGCGUUUGCUGAACUGGUGGUGACGGUGAACAAGGUUUGCCCGACCAAGGCGAAGGCGCAUCACACGCUCGUCGCGGGCCUGAGGGGGAAGCUGCAGGGCUUCACUCAUACGCAGAUGAAGGAGUUCGUCGUGUCGCAGGGCUUGCAGAGUAUCGAGGUGCCGCCAUCCAUGGGAAUCUUCUCGUCUGUGAAAGCUGCGCUGGUAGAGGAUGUCAUGACUGCGGUUAAAAAGAAGUGCACCGACACGACCUUGGCAGCCACGAUCCUCGUCGGCAACGUUGGCGACAAGGUGACGAUCCUGCGCGACCAGCUGGCCAAGGCAAGCGCCACCACUACAACUGCGGCGGCAACAGCGGCGGUCGUGGCACCGACUGCGGGGCAGACGACUACUCCAACCAAGACUGCCAAGGAACCAGUCCCCAUCGCCGUCGACGACGGCAAGGGCAUUCCCCAGGGCGACUUCAACCUGACCAGCCUGGGGGUCACGCAGUGGAUCAGCAUGCUCACCGAUGAGGACCGCUCGAAACUAACAUACAAUAUUAAUGACGCCAGCUUCCUUCUCGCCCUCACUUCUUCUCCCCGCCUUUCCUCCCAAAUUCGAGAGGAGCUGAAGUCCAACGGGCCCGACCACCUUGCCAUGACCAGCGCGACGAAGGCGCGGGUGAUCGCCUCUGUGCAGGGCCAUUUCAUGCCACCCGCUGACGGACUGCAAGGCCGCUUUCUCCGCGACGUGCUGAUUGACUUUUCCAGGAAGAAGAGCGCGGGGACCUUGACAGCUCGUCUGGCGGCAGACGCAACGACCACGGAGGCUCCCGAGUUCGUUUGUUGGGGCAGGGUGGUAGAUGCGAUCGCUGCGAGGAGUCUUCCGCGUGGCACUCUGCUUCCACUGGGGACAAGCAAUGGUUUGAGUUUGUUCCUGGAUGGCUCGAAGCUCCUCAACCCUUUGGUUUCAGACGCAUGCAUCGCAUGGAUGCCCCCGAUGAUCAAGGACGACGUGGACGGUGAGACCAACGCCGAUGCUGCCCCCUUGGUGGACAGCGCGGCCAACCCUGAGGCUGGUGCAUGCGCAGCUGGCAGCAGCAGCGGUGCCCAGCCGCCCAGCAAGAAGCGCAAGGGCGCCUCCGCUGCCAAGGCGCAGCAGGCGCAGCAGGCAGCACCCCCAGCAAAACCACAGCCGAAGAAGGCUGGCAAUCGCAAGAAGCUUUCUCACACGCACUCUGUCGAAUUCGAGACCGUGCAAUUUGAUGUCGAGGUCGACUCGACUGCCAAGGUUUUCACUUUCGAGAGGCCUUUCUUGAAAUCCAACCGCCCCCUCAAAGCAGGCGAGACUCUUCGUCGCAAAGCCUUCGAGUGGACGGAGGCCAACUCCCCAGGCGAGGUUGUCUCGGGCAGGACUGCGUCGGCGCGGAUUUUUGGCAUGUCUUGA